GCAGAAGGCUUUUCUUUUGCCUUUUCAAAAAGCAAAGCAAAGCCAGCAAACCCACUUCUUAGAUUCUUCUUCUUCGUCUACUUGCUGUUCUUCUUGUUUCGCUGUUGUUUUACUUUCUUUCUUUUCUCUCUCCCUCUUUGUGUCUCCCUCCCACACAUAUUUCAGAACACACAGGAAGAAGAAGAAGAAUCUCUUAACGCCCACCAGCAUUUAGCAUAUUUCUCUCUUCUGGUUGGACUUUUGUGUUAUGUUCUAGACUACAAUCGGAACCAAUGACGAAGAUAAGUCCUGAAUUUGAGGAUCAGAUCCCAACUGAGGGAGUUCUAUCAGUGUCAGCUGAUGUGAGUUUCAUAUCUGAUGGUUUUCCCAAGUAUAAAUUAGGACCUAAUAAUCAGAUACUGGAAGAGCCGAAGGAGAAUAAUGAUGGUCCGACCUUAAAAGAAGUAGUUGAACGGGAAACCACCCAUUUGUCAGAACAGCAUAAACGUCUCUCAGUUCGUGACCUUGCCAGUAAAUUUGACAAGAACUUGGCUGCUGCUGCUAAAUUGACUGAAGAGGCAAAACUUAGAGAAGUGGCUUCUUUGGAAGGACAUGUUCUUUUGAAGAAGCUUAGAGAUGCAUUGGAACAUUUGAGAGGGCGCUUAGCCGGGCGAAAUAAAGAGGAUGUGGAGAAAGCUAUAUCUAUGGUGGAAGCUUUAGCAGUUAAGUUGACUCAAAAGGAAGGAGAACUGAUUCAGGAGAAGUUUGAAGUGAAAAAGCUGGCCAGCUUUCUCAAACAGGCAUCUGAAGAUGCUAAAAAGUUGGUUAACCAGGAGAAAUCUUUUGCUUGUGCUGAAAUUGAAAGUGCGAGGGCAGUAGUACAGAGAAUUGGAGAGGCUCUUGAUGAGCAAGACACAACAUCCGAAGCUUCUAAAAAACAGGAUGUGGAGGAACUAGUUGAGGUGGUUCAGGAAGCUAGGAGAAUUAAAUUGAUGCAUCAGCCAAGCAAGGUAAUGGACAUGGAACAUGAGCUUCGUGCAUUACGAACUCAGAUACGAGAGAAAUGCAUAUUUUCAGUGAAGCUUCAGAAAGAGCUGGCAAUGAGCAAGUGGGCAGAGGAAAACAAAUCCUGUUUAUAUCUUAUAGAUGGUUCAGAAACUCUAGGUGCAUAUCUACGAAUCCAACCUCGCUCAGAAAAUGCCCCGCAACUUUCAAAAUGUGCAAUUCAAUGGUAUCGUGUUUCAUCGGAUGGCAGCAGGAAUGAAGCUAUUUCAGGUGCCAACAAAUCAAUUUAUGCUCCAGAACCCUUUGAUGUUGGCCGAAUCCUACAAGCAGACAUUAUUUCCAAUGACCAAAGAGUCACAGUGACGACCGCUUGUCCAAUUGAUCCUGCUGCAGGACUUGGAAGCUAUGUAGAUACACUUUUGAGAAAAUCUAACACUGAAUUUAAUGUGGUUAUUUCGAAAGUGAAUGGACAAGAUCAUCCAUCACAUUCUGUUCAUGCAUUUCAUGUUGGCAAGAUGAGGAUGAAGCUUAGUAGAGGAUGGAUUACAAAGUCUAGAGAAAUAUAUUCCUCUUCAAUGCAGCUAUGCGGCGUUAGAGGUGAUAUUACUAAUGCGGCAAAGGCAAUGUUUUGGCAAGCAAGGAAGGGUCUCUCAUUUGUAUUGACAUUUGAAACAGAGAGAGAAAGAAAUGCAGCCAUUAUACUUGCCAGGAAAUAUGCUCUUGAUUGCAAUGUUAUGCUUGCGGGGCCAGAUGAUAGAGUAUAGAAGGAGUGCUGACGGAGUUUAUGCAAAUGUGAGUACAAUCAGGUGUUGUAGUGUGAGUAAUAUGUAUGUGUGUGUAUUUGUCAUGAUAGAGGAAAAUGUGUGUUAUAGUAAUUGGGGUUCUUCUACUAAUUUGGUUGCAUCAUUUUAGGCAGUGUUUUUGUUUGCCUAAUCAUUUGUUGUACAAGUUUUCAGUUCAUAAUUAAUUGGUUCUUUUGUGGCUGAUUCGCUUGCCAAA